CUACAGCAUCGAGGCCCGACUCGAAUUCUUGGCUGGCAGAUUCGCCACUGUUGGGUGUCAGAAUUUAAAAUGAAAAUUCGAAUUUCUCUAUUUUGGAAGCCCUUUCAGUACAAGAAAACAGAAGCAAGAGAGAUUUGGGGUCCUUGAAUAUUUUUAUCCUCUGGCUUCCACCCAGUGGGCCGGGAAGUUUCGUUGAAAGUGACGACGCGGACGCUCAGGUCGCCGUUCCUGGCGCGUAGUCGCCGCGGCCCGUCGCUCCCGCCCCCGCCGGGAAUCCGACGUGGAAGUUGCUGGCCGACCGGACCUUCCAGGGAUUCGCCAGAGAGCCGGAGCCGGAGCUGUAGGCCAAGGCGAGCAGAGGUGGCGGCGCCGAGGCUCGAAUAGGAGUCGCUGUCAAGUCCAGGGGCCUGUCUCUCACCACCGAUAAGGGCGGACAGGCGGUUCAUCAUGGGUGGCUUUUUCUCAAGUAUUUUUUCCAGUCUGUUUGGAACCCGGGAAAUGAGGAUUUUAAUUUUGGGAUUAGAUGGAGCAGGAAAAACUACAAUUUUAUACAGAUUACAGGUUGGAGAAGUCGUUACUACUAUUCCUACUAUUGGAUUUAAUGUUGAGACGGUAACAUACAAGAACCUUAAAUUCCAAGUCUGGGAUUUAGGAGGACAGACAAGUAUCAGGCCAUACUGGAGAUGUUACUAUUCAAACACAGAUGCAGUCAUUUAUGUAGUAGACAGUUGUGACCGAGACCGAAUUGGCAUUUCCAAAUCAGAGUUAGUUGCCAUGUUGGAGGAAGAAGAACUGAGAAAAGCCAUUUUAGUGGUGUUUGCAAAUAAGCAGGACAUGGAACAGGCCAUGACUCCCUCAGAGAUGGCAAAUUCACUUGGGUUACCUGCAUUGAAGGACCGAAAAUGGCAAAUAUUCAAAACUUCAGCAACCAAAGGCACUGGCCUUGAUGAGGCAAUGGAAUGGUUAGUUGAAACAUUAAAGAGCAGACAGUAAUUCAAUCACUUCUAGCCCUGUGAAAUGAAGACUACAUCACAUAUCCCUUUGGAAACAGUUAAGUGUGCUUCAUGCUACUAAAUGUUAAAACUGUGUGAUUGUUGGCAUAUACUGGACUGCGAUAUUUGUAAUAAAUAUAAAAAAUAAGUAUUUGGUUGGAAGGGUAAUUCACCCAUGAUUGAACCAACUGAAUGUCUGUUCUGUGUAAUGUAAAAUCUUUCCUUGCUUUCUUGUGUUAAGUAUAUAUUCUAUUUGUAUGGAAUUCUUAUCCAAAUAGAGUCCUAUUAAAGAAUGUACUCUUAUUGAGGAAAAACCCUCCUAUUUUUGAAUUAGUGGUUACUGCUUGUUUGUAUAAACACUAAUAAAUAUCUUAACUCAGAUUUUUUUCCCCUAAAAUGAAUUAAGUUCUUCCAAAGAUUAGACUCAGUAGAGUAGGAACAUAGUGUGGGUCAUACAGUCUUCAUUUGUUUAAUGACACUUUAUUUAAGCUGUUUUGUUUAAAAGUUUUUGGUUAUAGGCAUGAAGCUGAAAUAUUAUUUUGGUGGUUAACCUCACUGACAUCUGUAAUUGUCAUUUUAUAGUACUUUAUAGUUGCCAAAAAUUUUUUCAUAUAUACAGGAACCCUGUGAUGUAGGUAGGACAGGUUGUAGUGUCUUUAUUUUAUGGACAUGGACCCAAGGUUCUGAUAAGUUGGCUUGCUCAGGGCCACCUGCUAGUGAAGUCAGAACAGGGCUGAAAGUGAGAUUUCAUUGUCAAGCUCAUCCCAUAAAGUAUACCAUAAAUUCCUGGAAAUGUCAACACUGGUAACACAGACAACCUUAAUUGCUUAAAUAAAAUUAUGCUAAUUGAAGUAGACAUGGUACAUUCAAAAUAAUUUCUAUAAAUUUGUCUAUACUGGUAGAGGUAGUAACAAUCCUAAAUGGUUAUAUUUGAUGGAAUCCACAACGUAUUAAAGGAAAUUAAAAAAAUCUGUUUUAAGAAGCA